UUUUUUAUUGUUGUUGUGCUUUUGUUGCAAAUCAGCUGUUUACUAGUACACAUUUCUUUUAUUUUAAGAUUGGAGUAGGUGAAGUUUUGUGGUUCCAUGCGAUUCAAGUUAUUGCAAAAUAUAUACAGAACAUUCCGCAACCCUCGUAAUCCUAUGGCAAUUUUUACGCAAGUUGUUAAUCCGUUGACUGGCCAAAAUGAAUGGGCUGUACAGAGCGAUGACUACGAUUACCAAAUGGAGCUAACAUGUACCGGCUUUGGGGAUAUGUUGCACGAUAGGGAACGCAAUCAAAAAUACUUUUCAGCAUUGCGAAAGGCCAUAGCGCGCAUGCACGCCGAUGGACGUGAAGUCCACGUGUUGGAUAUUGGCACUGGUACCGGUAUUCUUUCCAUGAUGGCUUCAAGUGCUGGUGCUGACUCAGUUACAGCGUGUGAAGCAUUUACGCCUAUGGCAAACUGUGCGGAGCGCAUAUUAGCAGCUAAUGGGUUUGGUGAUAAGGUCCGCUUGGUGAAGAAACGCUCAACUGAAAUGCGUAUUGGUGAAGAUAUGCCGCAGAGGGCAAAUCUAUUAGUUGCUGAACUAUUGGAUACAGAGUUGAUAGGCGAGGGAGCAAUCAGUAUAUACAACCACGCGCACGACGAAUUGUUAACGGACGAUGUCGUUUGCAUUCCCGCACGGGCAACAUGCUACGCGCAAGUGGUGCAAUCGCCACUUGCCGCCCAAUGGAACACAUUGAAAAUUCUUGCCGAUUUAGAUGGAAAUAUAUUGCUGAAACCACCAGAACAAGUAUUGCAAUGCAAGGGCGAAGCAGCGGUGCAUGACGUCCAGCUUUCCCAAUUAGGUUUAGAACACUUUAGACUUCUAACCAAUCCAAAGGAAAUAUUUGUUUUUGAUUUUAGUCAAAAGUUAAAAAGGCCUACGGAAAGACAGCAAUUACUAGAAAUGGACGCAUUGCAAGCGGGUUCAACAGAUUUAGUAUUCUAUUGGUGGGAUAUACAAAUGUAUGCAGAUGAUAUGAUGACUUUGAGUUGCGCUCCAUAUUGGGUACAUUUCGAUUGGAAAAAACCAAAAGAUGUUCUACCAUGGCGAGAUCAUUGGAUGCAGGCAAUCUAUUAUAUACCAAAGCCUUUACAUAUUUCCAGCGCUGGUAGGAAAUUUAUGCUCAAUUGUAACCAUGACGAAUACUCUCUUUGGUUUGACGUGCAAAGCACACCGAGCGAAGUUUUAAAGCCCGUUCCACGCCAUGCAUGUACUUGCGGUUUACAUUUCUCUUAUCCCCGUUCACGUAUUGGCCAAUUAAAUCAGUCCAUACGUAAUAAAAAGUAUCUUAACUAUCUAGAACAGAAUUUGAGCAAAGAUUCACACGUACUGUGCCUUGGCGAUGGAUGUAUUUUGGGUUUAGCUAUAGCUAAAAUGGGAGUCUCUUCUGUAAUACUGUGUGAAAAGCAUACAUUUUCCAAACGAUUCAUGGAUUCUGUACAGAAAAGCAAUACAAUUGAAAACGUGGAAUUUGUCGACAAUAUAGAGAAGCUCGAUCAGUCGAAAUUGUCAAACCUGACGCAUAUUUUCGCUGAGCCAUACUUCCUUAACGCUAUUCUACCCUGGGAUAAUUUUCGCUUCAGUGAACUUUUACAAAGCCUCUUGGACAAAUUACCACCAACAGUGAAAAUAGCACCACAUUCAGCUAAAAUAUUUGCAGUACCGGUUGAAUUCACCGACCUUCAUAAAAUACGUACACCUGUGAAGCAAUGUGAAGGCUUUGACUUGGGAAUAUUCGACCAAAUGGUUAAGCAAGCAAGAUCAGUACUACCAGAUAAAGGUGUUGAAGCGCAACCGCUUUGGGAGUAUCCCUGCAAAGCUUUAGCUACACCUCAGGAAAUUUUACAUGUUACUUUCAGCGAUUUUAACGCGGAGUGCUCCACAAGUGGAACGAUGAAAAUAGAAAGUGAUGGAUCUUUGAAUGGUAUCGCAUUUUGGGUGGAAUGGAAUAUCGAUGGCGGAACUAGUCCUAAGUCCGUUGUAAGCACUGGCCCUGUUGAAUCAAUCGUGCCAGGAAAAUUUAUUAAAUGGGAUAUGUUUGUACGACAAGGUGUUCAAUUAUUUGAAGAAAGUCAUACAGUGCUUAACGCGAAGAAUAGUGUGCAAUGGAUAUUGCAGUACAAACCAAAGCCGACCAAAAUAGAAAUUGAUGUACAUGUGAAAUUUCCCUAAUCGUAUUAAAAUUUUUGAAUACGUUACAACCUGGAUAUAAGCAACCCAGAGGGACAAAUUGGCGAUAUAUGCGCCCGGCUAUUAAAUUUAGAUCUUAAAAAAGGAUAGCGCGAACGUCAUGUAUAGAGGAAUUUUUUCAGGAAUUUUGGGGAACUAGCCUCAGGGGAGCUGGCAUCCCUGGUACUAAUCAAGC